AAGGACUUGAAGAACAGGGAUACUAGACUCGGCGAGGUGCUUGUUGGGGACCUGCAUUUGCUUCAUCUUUCUUUUUCUCCGACGCCAACAGUCCGUCCAUCGAAUUCGUUUCCUUUUCUUCGUCCCGCCGUCCGCAACCUCUCUGUCGAUCCACUCUUUUUGACCUCCCACUUCUGCAGUCCAUCUUAAUUCCGAAUUAUCUCCAAUCUUGAUUUCGAGCCCCGGGAAUUGUCGCGACUGAGUCGACCCUUCUGCCCAUCAUGAUGCACCCUUCGAGACAGGCGUACGUGGAGGAGGCCGAGGAUACCGACAUGGGCAUUGACCUGGCCAAUCUGCCGGUCGACCGCGAUUAUGAACUUCCCUCUGCAGCGGCGGGCAUCCCCGCCGAAAGAGCCUCCGCCAUCCUAUCCCAAUUCGAACGAAAGCGAAGGGCCGCCGCCAUGGCUGUGCCGACCGACGAUACGCGAGUGCGCGCUCGGCUGCGAGAGAUUGGAGAGCCUAUCACGCUAUUCGGCGAAGGACCCGCGGACCGACGAGACCGACUGCGAGAGCUCCUGACGGAUCUGGCGGAGAGACAGGGGGCUGAAGAUGUGGACAUGGCAGAGGCAUUUGAGGACGAGGAUGAGGAGGAGGCAGAACAGCAGGAAGAAUUCUACACGGAGGGGUCGGAGGAUCUCCUGAACGCUCGCAAGGCAAUCGCGCAUUUCUCUUUGCCCCGCGCAAAAACGCGCGUGGCCCGCUUGAGAGAGGAGUCGACGAUACCACUCAGGACGCAUAUUAAACAUCGCAAAGCAAUCAAGGAGAAGCUGCAAGGGUUCGAGCUCUACGGGUCGCAGAUCGCCGGUGAUCGUCCCGUCAGUAUCUGUCGAUUUGCGCCGGACGGGCAGACCAUCGCGACUGGAAACUGGGGUGGUGGAAUUCGUUUGCUGUCGGUGCCGAACCUGGAAGAGAAACGGUCUUUCAAGGCGCAUUCGGAUCGGGUUGGAGGUCUGUCGUGGUUCCCUGGUGCUACGCUGCCGACCUCAGAUGUGUCCCCAUCGACCGUCAACCUGGUCUCUGGCGGCGGAGAAGGAAACGUGUGCCUGUGGUCUCUCGACAAGGAUGAACCGCUGGCGACUCUCUCCGGCCACUCUGGCCGUGUGUGUCGGACGGAAUUCCACCCCUCGGGUCGGUACGUCGCCUCCGCUUCCUACGAUACAACAUGGCGCCUGUGGGACGUGGAAACGACUGCCGAAUUGCUGCUACAGGAAGGCCAUUCCCGAGAGGUCUACACUUGUGCCUUCAACAACGAUGGAUCUCUUAUGGCAAGCGGUGGACUGGAUAGUAUCGGACGUAUCUGGGAUCUGCGGACGGGCCGGACGGUGAUGAUUCUUGAGGGCCAUAUUCGCGAAAUCUACGGCCUGGACUGGGGCGUAGACGGAUACCGAGUGCUGUCGGGCUCCGGCGACGGAUGGGUCAAAUGCUGGGAUCUGCGCCAGGUUCGAAACACGGGCGGUAUCGGAGCGCACAAGAGUGUGGUGUCUGAUGUUCGAUGGUACAAGGGAACGGAGUCGGCAGCAUCCUACCUGCCGUCGCUGGACGGACAGAACAGCGGCAUGGAAGUCGACGGCGCCACGAUGACUUCGAGUGAUGCGUCGACAGCACCCGUGCAACCGCGGAAGUCGGGCACGUUCUUCGUGACCAGUGGGUUCGACAAGAACGUCAAUGUCUUCAGUGCGGAUGACUGGUCACUGGUGAAGUCGCUGAGUGGGCAUGCGGGCAAUGUUCUCAGCACGGAUAUCAGCGACGAUGCCAAGUGGAUUGCGAGCUCCGGACACGACCGUACAGUCAAGCUUUGGGGCAUUGAGUGAAGCAAUUGACACCACGGGACCUUUUCAGAAUAUCUUUCUCGAUGGCUCAGUUGUGUGCUGCGAAGAGCUCCAGACCAUGAUUGUUGGGUAUGAUGAACUCAAGAGGCCAUGCUGGACAAGCCUGGAUGAAUGAAUCGUCACCAGAUUCUUUUCUCCAGUGACGGUUUUGAGAUAAACCGCCGAGGCCGUACAAGAAUGGAGACCUGGCAGACCUAGGUGCUGAAGACGAUGGAGAAGAGUCGGUGGUACUAUUUGGGUGUUCAUUUAGCUUGCCCGACCAUUUACCAUUUCCAUAGAAGCCGAUGAACGAAGAAAUACCCCCAAUCAAUAUG